AUGCCUUCAGAAAAUGAAAACCCUGAGAUUAUCAAACGAAUGAUAGGACCGUAUAUAAACGGCUUUUCAUUACGAAUUUUUAUAUUUUUAUUAGAUUACGUUCCAGGACUUGCAUCAUUUUUAUUUUGGGAUAGAAUUUCUGCUUUGAGAAAACUUAAUCUUGAUGAAUGUCCUACUAAUUUUCCACUUCCUCUACCAAAAGAAUAUUUUGGAAUUGAAGAAACUAAAAAGGUAGAAGGAUUGGAAAUUUUCGAAGAAAAUGAGAGUGCACAGCAAAAUUAUUCUUCUGGAUUUUUGUGUUCAAGUGAUUUUCGUAAAGCAUAUCUUACAAAAAAGGCAACCCCUCUUCAAAUAUGCGAAAUUCUUAUUGGAAAAUUAGAAGGAUCACUUAAGUGCAAUCCAUCUCUAAACGCAAUUAUAAAAUACGAACGAGAAGAUAUUAUAAAACAAGCAACUGCGUCAACUACUCGAUAUGCAAAUAAUUGUUCUUUAGGGCCACUUGAUGGAGUACCCAUAGCAAUUAAAGAUGAAUUAGAUGUGGAAGGAUACGAAACAAAUGUUGGUACGUCAUUUAUCAAUCGAGGGUUUAUUGCUAAAACGGAUGCCACUGUUAUUGAAAGGCUCAGAGAGAAAGGUGCAAUUAUUAUCGGGAAAACUUCUAUGCACGAAAUUGGAAUCGGUAUUACAGGCAAUAAUCCAAGUGUGUGCACGUCUCGUAAUCCUUAUAACAUCGAUCAUUAUACUGGUGGAUCGAGUAGCGGUAGUGCUUCUGCAGUUGCUUCAGGGCUAUGUCCAAUCGCGAUUGGUUGUGAUGGUGGUGGUUCGAUUAGAAUUCCUUCUGCUUUUUGUGGUAUUUACGGAUUAAAAACCACGUUUGGAAGAUUUUCUUCAAAAGGAGAACUUCCACUUGCCCCCACGGUAGCAGUGUCAGGUCCUAUGACAGCAAGCGCAAAUGAUUUAGCAUUAGCGUAUUAUGUGAUGGCAGGAAAAGAUGAAGAAGAUCCCAAUACUUAUUACCAACCCAAACCGACAUUAUCUGGUCUAUAUAACACUAAAGACUUAUCAGAUUUGAAAAUUGGAAUAUAUACAGCAUGGAAUAAACAAGUUUAUAAUCCGACCAUAACUCUAGCGUUAAAUAAUUUUAUUGAAAAGUUAAAGCUACUUGGAGCAAACUUUGUUGAAAUUGAUAUACCCGAAUUAGAAGAAGCAAGUAUAGCUCAUUUACUUACUAUUGGCUCGGAAAUAUCUACGUUUGCUAAAAAGUAUAAAGAAAAUUUUCAUAAAUAUAAUUGUGAAAGUAGAUUAAAUAUGAGUUUAUUUCAUUUUGCAACAGCAUCGGAUUACAUUAUCUCGCAACAAUUACGUACACGUUUAAUGCGCAGUCUUUCAAAUCUAUUUAAUAAACAAGUAAAUUUAAUUUUAACUCCAAGUACGGCAAUUACAGCACCAAAAAUUUAUCCGAAUUCAUUAAAAUAUGGAGAAGCAGAUUUAAAAACAGUAUCAGAAGUAAUGAUGUAUGUUACUUUCGCUAAUUUUUCCGGUAUACCAGCAGUAUCGGUACCAGCAGGUUAUGAUGAUAAUAAUUUACCUAUUGGAUUACAAUUUGUUGCAAAAUGGUUCGAUGAAGCCACUCUUUUAAGAAUAGCUAAAGUAUCUGAAGAAAUUUUAGGUGAUAAAAGAAAAAGACCCUCUAAUGAUUAUUGGUUUGGUGAUUUAAUUCAAGACUAA